AUGUGUUACUAUCUAUCUAUCUAUGUUACUAUCUAUCUAUCUAUCUAUCUAUCCAACUAUGUUACUAUCUAUCUAUCUAUCUAUCUAUCUAUCUAUCUAUCUAUCUAUCUAUCCAACUAUGUUACUAUCUAUCUAUCUAUCUAUGUUACUAUCUAUCUAUCUAUCCAACUAUGUUACUAUCUAUCUAUCUAUGUUACUAUCUAUCUAUCUAUCUAUCCAACUAUGUUACUAUCUAUCUAUCUAUCCAAAUAUUUUACUAUCUAUCUAUCCAAAUAUGUUUAUAUCUUUCUAUCUAACUAUCCAAAUAUGUUGGUAUCUAUCUAUCUAUCUAUCUAUCUAUCUAUCUAUCUAUCUAUCUAUCCAAAUAUGUUACUAUCUAUGUAUGUAUCUAUUUAUCUAUCUAUCCAUCUAUUUACUUUUACCAAGAGCACCGUUAAAAUCUAUUUAUCUAUCUAUCUAUCUAUCUAUCUAUCUAUCUAUCUAUCUAUCUAUCUAUCAUGGUUCAUAUCUAUCUAUAUAGCUAAUGUUGCUCAUAUCUAUCUAUCUAUCUUGCUAAUGUUGCUCAUAUUUAUCUAUCUAUCUAUCUAUCUAAUGUUUUUCACAUCUAUCUAUCUAUCUAUCUAUCUAUCUAAUGUUUUUUCAGAUCUAUCUAUCUAUCUAAUGUUUUUUUUCAUAUCUAUCUAA